UUUCCCCCAGCUUCGGCUAGCCUGCUUUAGCGCUCCAGUCCCAUGUUCAGUCUAUGUUGAAGUCCGAACAGUGCAGCCACAAUGACGGACAAGGGGAAAAAGUUCAGAAUUGUAAAGUUUUUAAAGAUCAUAAUUAGUUGCAUCUUGUUUACAACAGUCGCGUUACUUACGGCGGCUGCAUUACGGACUCUAUCGAUGGACGUUAACGCAGGACUUCAACUUGCAAACUGGGAAAAGACCGACAACAUUUCAUAUGCCAUAGACCACAAUCAGAAAGAGCAGCUCUUGGCUAAUUUAAAAGAGGCGAUCACGAUCCGCACCGUGUCCUUCUCGAAGACGGACCUCAAUACAUCGGCCCUGUUGCAUUUUGACAGGUUCAUUCGGAAAGCUUUCCCUACAGUAUUCUCUUCGAGCCAAGUCACACAUGAACUGGUGGCAGACUUCAGUCACCUGUUUUGGGUUCAAGGGUCACUCCCUGAGCUGGAGCCCUACAUGCUGCUGGCACAUAUUGACGUUGUCCCAGCCUCAGAGUCAGAUGCUUGGGACCUCCCACCAUUUUCUGCAGAGGAAAAGGAUGGUUUCAUAUAUGGCAGGGGAACCUUAGAUGACAAGGGCAAACUCAUGGCAAUUCUGCAAGCAUUGGAGUACUUACUGAUGAAAGGCUAUACCCCACAGAGAGGAUUUUACAUAGGUCUAGGACAUGAUGAAGAGGUUGGUGGUGGAAACGGGGCAGAGAACAUAGUCAGAGUGUUGAAAGAGCGUGGGGUUAAGCUUUUGUUUGUCCUGGAUGAGGGCUCGCUCAUAUUUGAUGGAAUCCUUCAGGGUCUUGAUGGACCUGCUGCUGUAAUUGCCACAACUGAAAAAGGGGCAGCAAAAUUAAAGCUCAGUGUGUCGAUGCCCCCAAGCCAUUCAUCAAUGCCUCCCCGAGAAACCACCAUUGGCAUAUUGGCAGCAGCAGUUAAAAGAUUGGAGGACAACCCAAUGAAGCGUCUGUUUGGUCAGGGGCCUGAGCGUGGAAUGUUAGAACAUCUUGCCCAUAAGUUCAGGUUCCCUUUGAAUUUGAUUAUGUCAAAUCUGUGGCUGUUUUCACCACUGAUUGCCAGGGUCAUGGAAAUGAAUGAGACAACCAAUGCAUUUGUGAGGACCACUACAGCUAUCACAAUGUUUAAUGGAGGAGUGAAGGAUAAUGUGAUUCCUUCAUACGCAGAAGCAUUUGUAAAUUUAAGAAUCCACUCGGCACAUUCGCUAAGAGAGGUCUUGGAGUUUGUGGAGACCACCAUUGGAGACCCUCGUGUGAAGAUGGAUAUUGUUAAUGGAUUUGAUCCAUUGCCUAUCAGCCCCUACGAUGAAACAUCUUUUGGAUAUCAACUCAUUAAGAAAACAGUUCUGGACCUGUAUCCAUCUGUGACUGUUGUUCCAGGGCUAUGCAUUGGAAAUACUGACAGUCGACACUAUACAGACCUGAGCAGUGGCAUAUAUCGCUUUACCCCUGUCUGGUUUAAACCUGGUGAUGUGCGAAGAAUCCAUGGCAUCAAUGAAAGGAUAUCCAAAGAAAACUUCGAGAGCCUUGUACUUUACUUCACAUUUAUCCAAAACUGUGAUAUUAAGAAACUUCCAGACCCACACAGCUCUGUUCAUGAGCUAUAGUUUGUUCAGUGGUUAAUAUUUUAGCAAAAAAUAAAAAUUCUGUUGCUUCAUUUAUCUUAAAUCACUUACUGUAAACAUAAGAUAUAAGACUAGGGUAGACUCUAAAAAUACACAACACAUUCAUGAGGAUUUUUGUAUGUUUUGUGACUUUAUUAAUUACAUGUUUUAAUAAAUAAAUUAUUGUUCUGAUAAUAACUGUUAAUAUAUAGAAAAUUUAAAUUGAAUAAUAAUUAUAUGCUUUAAUGAUUGAUGUUCAUUAAGAUUAAUAGUAAAAUAAUAUAAUCUUGCAUUUAUAAUGAAUUUAAGGCCAAAGGAAUGGACUAGGAUAAGUUCAGACGGAUUUCAAGGGCUAAUAUUAUAUGAGGAGGUUAGGAAUGUCACAAUUAUCAAAUUUUAAUACUAUAGUUUUUGUGAGAAGAUCUAUAUAAUUUAAAAAAUUGUUCACAAUUGCUGACAUGUAAAAAAGUGAAAUCUUUGAUUUUUUGAGUGAAAUCAGAAAUGAGUAUGACAGGCCUACUUUUACCAUGUUUAAAUCCAGGCUCAAAUCUCUUAUGUUUAGUUGUACAUUUGACCGAAAUGCACUGCACUCUCCUUUUUUAAUGUUAAUAUUAUGAUGAUUAUUUAUGUUUUAAUUUGUUCUCAUUUUAAUGUAUUGCUUAUUCUAUAAAGCACUUAGAAUUAUUUUGUGCACCAAUGACGCAUACAAAUUCAAAGUGCAAUACAUUUAGGUUUGCAGUCGAAGUUGAAAUAACUUAAAUUUGCUCCUAAAAUGGUUAGGAUUGGUUAUAUAAUACUUAUUAUAUUAUGACCUGAAUAAUCACUAUUUUUGUUUUGUUGUUUGUUGGUUCAUGUGUCCAAACCUCAGAUGUGCAGUAAUGACACUUGUGGUAGUGAAUCACACAACAACAAAGAUUUGAUUUGAAGGUUAAUAUUAUCUUUAGACUGUAGUGAUUAACUGACAUAUAGGUAAAUAAGUAAGAAUAUAAGAGCAGCUGCUAUGUGUGGCUACAGAAUGCUUUUCAGGUAACUUAUGAAGGGGUUAGUUCCGUUCUCGCAAAACUGUCCAGUGUAGUCAUCCAGGUCCACAGACCACACAAAUACUCCCCCAUAGCCCUUAGACUUCAUAUGUGCCACCUGAAAAUAGAAAUGAGGCACUUUUAAAAGCAAUC